UUACGUAUGACGAACCGGAAAAAUACGUUCUAGUGACUCAGAGGUGUCAUGGCGGAGAUCGCAAAUGUUUUGUAUUUUGUUGUCAGUAAUAUUCCAGCAGCAUUUCGAUCAGCUGACCUAAGGAACUAUUUCAGUCAGUUUAUAGAAAGCGGGGGGUUCUUCUGCUUCCACUACCGACACCGCCCGGAGGUCCUCAAGGACCCAGCGGGGUCCGGACAGAUAAAAGAUCCAGAGCAGACUGCGAUCGACCCGCUUGCUGUUCCGCAGGAAACCAACGCAGCUGAAGUGAACUGCGAGUCUUCGGAGAACAGCAGACGCGUCGUCGCGUCCAAAGACGAGAAAACAUGCUGUUGUGUUGUGUCGGUCCCAGCCGGAGAGGCGGACAGAUUUGUGAAGAUGUACGCUGGGAAUCAGUGGAUCGAUUCGAAAGGGAACUGGCUCGCAAGACGGUGUGUGAUCAGGAGGGUAAAGGUAUCUGAAGAGACAGUCGCAGACGGGUUCCCGUAUAAAACGAAGGCGGAGCUGAAACGGCGGGGUACGGGGCUAACGGAGCGCUUCACUGAGCUGGACCUGCGCGGUCUGCCGGAGCUGAACCCCCCGGCGUUGAUGCCCAACGGUAACGUGGGCACGCCAGUGACGGUGUUUCUGCGGCUGAUACAGGCCUGCCGCCUGCCGCCCCGCCUCAUCCGCCAGCUCGGCCUCACCUUCCCCAAGACUGGCUCCCGUCGUCGCUACGGCAACGUGCCCUUCCUGUACCAGGACACGAGCACCGUUCAGCUGGAGGAGGGGGUCUACACGGCGGGCGGAGAAGAGAUUAGCAGUCCUGCUGGGGGCACCUCCCCGGCCGUGGGCACCUCCCCCUGUGCCAGCGCAAACCCCCAUGGGGAGAACGCUCCCUCUGUUGCCCCGGAAACAGCCUGGCCGGAGGGGGAGGAGUCUGAGUCGGGCCCUGAUGAUGACGAUGACCGCUGUGAGGAGUGGGAGCGUCAUGAGGCCCUGCACGAGGACGUGACCAGUCAGGAGCGCAGCAAGGAGCGUCUGUACGAGGAGGAGAUCGAGCUCAAGUGGGAGAAAGGAGGGUCCGGCCUGGUGUUCUACACCGACGCUCAGUACUGGCAGGAGGAGGAGGGCGAUUUCGACGAGCAGACGGCAGAUGACUGGGACGUGGACAUGAGCGUUUAUUACGACAAAGAUGGAGGAGACAUGGACUCCCGCGACUACGUUCAGAUGCGCCAUGAGAGGAGGCUCAGGGAGGGGCUGGAGAAGGUGUCUGUCCAGCAGCAGCCAAUCGGAAGCUUCGAGAGGUUCACAAAGGGAGUGGGCAGGAAGCUGAUGGAGAGGCAGGGCUGGCGGGAUGGGGACGGUCUGGGACAGGCCCGAGCCGGGAUACCAGACACCCUGGAGACUGAAGGCCAGCACCCCAAAUGCAAGAGGGGCUUUGGGUACCACGGAGAGAAGCUCAACUCCUUCCUUCCUGUGAAGAAGCCCCGCCCACACUUCCUCAUAUCCACGGUUUAUGACCCGCCCAAAGACACGGACCAGGGCGACACGCUACUGCGUCGCCAGGCAACCACCAGCAUGAAGUACAGAAGCCACCCUCAUCGCUGACCCAGAAAACGCCCCCCCCCCCCCCCCCCCC